CUGAUAAUAUAAAUAACACACCAGUCCUUAUUGCCUCCUUACACAACCUGACACAACUGUGAUCCAGCAGAUAAGUUCUCCAUCUCGACAGUAUGAACCACAGAAUCUACCAACCUCACAUUGUUUCAUCAACACAGGCUGAAAUUGACCAGAUAAUGAGACAGUUAAACAAGUGACAGUCAAUUUAUCAGCCACCACCAGGAUAAUCAAUCAUCAGGUUCCUCCACAAUGUCCGACUCAUCAGACCCCAUCGCGUCCAAAGAGACGCAGGACGCCCCCGUCUCUGAGAUGUCUUCAUCUCCACCUCCGUACUCCUACCAACAGCAGCCACCUCCGGCCUACUCCACAGUCCCAGCUAUGUACUGUCCAACCAAAACUGAGACGGCCUGCACCGAUCAGCCUGCUGCGUACGAGUCGUUCCAUGACAUUUGCCCUGAAACCCAGUCGGACACGACUCCCCCCGUAGCCUCGAGUUCUUUUGACGACAAGACGGUGAGGAGAGGGUUUGUGAGAAAGGUGUUCUGCAUCGUGACUCUGCAGCUGCUCUUCACCUUCAGUGUGGUGUGUGUGUUCACCUUCUCCAGCACGGUCCAAAAGGCCGUGCAUGACGACAUAUGGGUCUUCGUCAGCUCCAUCAUCAUCUUCGCCGUGGUCACCGUCUCCCUCGCCCUCUGUAAAUCCUUCCGUCGUCUUUACCCUUGGAACGUCGUGGGACUGGUUGUGGUCACCCUGAGCUUUUCAUACAUGGUGGGAACCCUCGCCUCGUUGUACGAGACCACUGCCGUGGUCGUCACGAUGGGAGUGACGCUGGCGGUUACUGUUGCAAUCAUCGCUUUCUCAGCACAGACCCGUUAUGAUUUCACCACUUGUUAUGGUAUGCUGCUGAUGCUGUCUGUCAACCUGGUCAUUUUUGGAUUCUUCUCCAUCUUCUAUUACUCCGACAUCGCUAAUAUCGCCUACGGAUGUCUGGGAGCUCUGCUGUAUUCAAUGUUUCUCAUAAUCGACUGUCAGCUGAUGAUGGGGGCGAUGAGCUACCGCCUGGAUCCCGAAGAAUACAUCAACGCUGCUCUCAACAUCUACCUCGACAUAAUCCUCAUCUUCCUCUUCCUACUGGGGAGGAGGUGAAACUGAACAAGCCACAAACAUGUAGACA